GAAGGAGCGGCAGGAGGAGGAUGCUGAGCCCCGAGCGGCUCUCGCUGCCCGGGCCCGAGUACCUGGCUCAGCGACAUGUCCUCACAUACAUGGAGGAUGCAGUGAGCCAGCUGCUGGAGAACAGAGAAGAUAUUAGUCAGUAUGGCAUUGCCAGGUUCUUCACUGAAUAUUUCAACAGUGUACGGCAAGGAACACACAUUUUGUUCCGUGAGUUCAGCUUUGUUCAAGCCACCCCUCAUAACAGAGCGUCUUUUCUUCGGACCUUCUGGAGGUGUUUCCGAACUGUGGGGAAAAAUGGAGAUUUGCUGACAGCACAGGAAUACCACUGCCUGCUGCAGUUGCUCUGCCCUGACUUCCCAAUGGAACUCACUGAGAAAGCAGCAAGGAUUGUGCUGAUGGAUGAUGCAAUGGAUUGCCUGAUGUCUUUUUCUGAUUUCCUCUUUGCUUUCCAGAUCCAGUUCUACUACUCAGAGUUCCUAGAAAGUGUGGCUGCCAUUUAUCAAGACCUGCUGGCUGGUAAGAAUCCAAAUACUGUGAUUGUGCCAACAUCAUCCUCUGGGCAGCAUCGGCAGCGCCAGCCCCCAAAUGACUGCAACCCACUCGAAGGAGUAGAGGCAUCUCUCUUCUACCAGUGCCUGGAGUCCUUGUGUGACAGAUCAAAAUACAGCUGCCCACCUUCUGCUCUUGUGAAAGAAAUACUGAGUAGCGUGCAAAGAAUGACCUUUUAUGGAUUCCUUAUGGCUCUUGCAAAGGAUCAGGGCAUCAAUCGAGCCCUAGGGGCUCUGCCAGAUAAAGGAGAUUUGUUUCUGGACCCUGCCAUGGAUCAGGAACUUGAGAAAUUGGUAGCUCAGGUUUCAGGGCUUUCUCUCUCUGCCAGCUCCAGCGCAGACACAGCAAAUAUGCCUGUUCGUAACUCACCCAGGAUUAACUCACCUUGGAAACCUCUACACCAUCGUCGAAAAAUGGAUGCUGAGAGUGAAGGCUCCAAUGAAGAGACAGACUCUUCUGAAAACUGAAGGUUGUGAGGGUGGGCACCAUUCCCAUCUUGGGUUUCUCCAGAACCCACUGGAGGAACAGCACCGCCUCCCAGAGCAUCUGCUCUAACAGUGGGUUCUGUCUACAUCAGCAGUGUGUGUGUGGCUGUGCUAAUCCCCAGUGCCAGGUUUACUCAUCUUUUCCCAGGAACAACUUGCCUUUUUCUUAGCUCCAAAUCCGUGCUGGAAUAGCACCUCUGCAGAAGCCAUUUACAGCUAGAGUCAUACUUCCCUCUGCUGGCAGGCAAGACAAGGCAGCAGCUGCUAGCCCUGUCACCGCUUGGAACCAGCCGGGUACUCUUACUGGGGUGCUCCCUCCCAGUUCCGCAGUUCAGCAGGUGCUGAAGCAGUGGGAGCACCAGUACAGGCCACUUGCCAGUGUUCAGCUCUGUUCAGAUUUUGCCCAGAUAAGAGUGGUUAAAUCGCCAGCAGCAGCUCUGCACUUGUGUUCCAUUAUUAUUCCCCGGAAAGCUGCAUCUGCAUAUAAUCAAAGGUAAGGAAAUUCCUGACAUUCCUAAAAAAGGGCAGCUUAGUUAUUGCCAUGCAACCUUGUCUGCUUUGUGCUUUCUCCUCCAUGUGUCCAAGACUUGCCAAAGCAAAUACAGCAAAUAAGCUAGAGAUUGCAGUAAGUACUGCAUGGUGCUGUGUGGCUCUGCUGCUGUACUGAGUGCUCUACUGUGAGGUCUCCCUGUCUCUCCAACAGCAUAUUACAGUCAUUUGGAAAAGUGCAUUUCAGAGGAUUUGGAAGAGAGGGAUAGGGUUAAGUUCCUUGGCCACAGGUGGCAUGGCUUGCAAGCAUAUAGAGCAUCUACUGGGGCUGGGUGGGCAGAAGCACUAAUGGAAAAGGAAGCAGUCUCAAAUGAGAUCAAGUUGGUUUUUUUUGGUAAAUAUUGGUAUUGUUGGAAUAGCAGUGUAGCCCUUAAAACUACAAAAAUAAGUAGCAUCAAAUUGCAUUAAUAGCAACCAAACCUCCACAGACCCAAAUGCUUUGUUUAGUCCAGCUCCUGUGCCCCAGCUUGCAUAGACUAGUUAUUUCUUGGGGAACUUCAGUUUCUCAUGCUUCUUUGGGAGCCUCUAUGCUCCUCCUGGUCAUAAAGUGCUGCAGCACGGGCCACCAGGAGCUGGUAACCCAAAGGUUGUAGCAGGGUGCUGGCAGGGUUAUUUAUUUAUUGUAAGUUAAUAUAUUUAUGAUCUGUGCAUUCUCUCCCAGCUCGGUGAGUGGCUGUGACAGCCUGGCAAUAAAGCACGCUGUGUCAGGCCUCUGCUGUGUCUGGGUCUUCUGGGCUGCCUGGCCCUCCUCAUGGUGGGCAGGACCAGUGCAGGGCUCCAGCCACCUUCCAGGGCCCCAGGAACCCCUCGCCUCGGCUGGGGAAGGCAUUGGCCCCACACCCCCGAGUACCUGGACCGCCACCAUGCCCUGCAGCUGCACCAUCACUCCCUGCAGCCCCAGCCUGCUUUGGAUACUGUGACAUUGACACAACUGUGUCAGAGCACAGACACAAGGAAGACCCAACCCUUACCCUCCUCAUGCCCCACCAAGGUGAAACCUCAGCAUAAAGCAGCUGAGUAACCCUUCCCCUCCUGCCCACAGCUCCACAGCCCCUCAACCGGACAGGAGAGGUGAAGCCCAUGCAAGCCUCUUCCCAGUCCCACACAGAAGGCUCCAGAAGAAACAGCUGCAGCUACUCUAACAGUUUGUAACUAGCCCUUUCCCACCCUUCUUACUACCUAGUCCUCAACACCACAGUUUAAGGAAAAGCACUCUUAUUAAAACCAGAGACCAAGAUGAACAGGACUAAAAUGACAGUCCUCACUGCUGCACCUCAUGGUUCAGUCAGAAGCUCAGUACUUUGAUCUGAUCCAAAGUUGGGCAACAAAAUAAAUCAGGGAUCCAGUAAAUUUUUUUACUUCUUUACCUGGGCCUUUUUUGUUGAUGAUGUAGUUAGAAGCUAAAAAAAUAAUCUUUGAUUUGAUUUUUUUUUCCUCCCGCAUUCAUAUAUGCUGGUUUAGAAGACAGUAAAAAGGACUAGAUCAUGGUAAAAGGCAAACCCUGCAAAUACAGAGGACUCCACAGCACCAUGGAUUGGGAGCAGUGAUCAGAACAAAAAACAGUCAUGUCACAUGAUGUUCAGAAAAAUAGCAUUCCCCUUUUCUCUUUCACUUGGUGAGCUUAGGUAUGGGGCAAAGAAGGACAGGAGCACUGAUGAGGGCAGCCCAGGAGUUCCUGUCAUAUCUUUUACAGCAAUGAGGUUAACCCUGUGAGAAGGCCUGUUUCCACUGGCUAGUAGAUAGCAGUGGGUAUGAGGGCACACUGAAUUUUAAUAGAGUGGAAUCCAGAGAUACUCAGAAAGC